AUGUCAGGUAAGGCAACCAUGAGGGGCAUUCUUUCUCUAAGGACAGCGGUGACUCAACAUCGGAGUGAGAAAUUGGGUCUUGGUUUCAGACUAUUUAGCACUCAGGGUGCUUCCACUGCUAGUUCCCCACAGCCGCCACCACCACCUCCACCACCAGAAAAAACCCAUUUUGGUGGCCUUAAGGAUGAAGACAGGAUAUUUACUAACUUAUACGGGUUACAUGACCCUUUUCUGAAAGGUGCCAUGAAACGUGGUGAUUGGUAUCGAACUAAAGAUCUGGUACUCAAGGGUACUGAUUGGAUUGUGAAUGAAAUGAAGAAGUCUGGACUCCGUGGUCGUGGUGGUGCUGGUUUUCCUUCAGGCCUCAAAUGGUCAUUCAUGCCCAAAGUAUCUGAUGGCCGUCCUUCCUAUCUUGUCGUUAAUGCUGAUGAAAGUGAACCUGGAACUUGCAAAGACAGGGAAAUCAUGCGGCAUGACCCACACAAACUGUUAGAAGGUUGCUUGAUUGCUGGAGUGGGAAUGAGGGCCAGUGCUGCUUACAUCUACAUCAGGGGUGAAUAUGUGAAUGAACGUAAGAAUCUCGAAAAGGCUAGGCAAGAGGCUUAUGCAGCUGGUUUAUUGGGUAAGAAUGCUUGUGGCUCAGGCUAUGAUUUUGAUGUGCAUAUCCACUUUGGUGCUGGAGCUUAUAUUUGUGGUGAGGAAACAGCCCUGUUGGAGAGCCUUGAAGGGAAACAAGGUAAACCAAGAUUGAAACCACCUUUCCCAGCCAAUGCUGGGUUGUAUGGUUGCCCUACCACUGUUACAAAUGUGGAGACUGUGGCUGUUUCUCCAACCAUUCUAAGGCGUGGGCCUGAAUGGUUUGCCAGUUUUGGUAGAAAAAACAAUGCUGGGACAAAGCUGUAUUGUGUGUCAGGGCAUGUAAACAAGCCUUGCACCGUUGAAGAGGAAAUGAGUAUUCCACUGAAGGAGUUGAUAGAGAGGCACUGUGGAGGCGUUAGAGGAGGAUGGGAUAAUUUACUUGCAGUGAUUCCAGGAGGAUCGUCUGUUCCUCUGAUUCCAAAGAAUAUAUGUGAUGAUGUCUUGAUGGAUUAUGAUGCAUUAAAGGCUGUUCAGACUGGGUUGGGGACUGCAGCUGUAAUUGUGAUGGAUAAAUCUACUGAUGUCGUGGAUGCUAUAGCAAGACUUUCCUACUUCUACAAGCAUGAAAGCUGUGGGCAGUGCACACCGUGCAGGGAGGGAACUGGUUGGCUUUGGACAAUCAUGGAAAGAAUGAAAGUUGGGAAUGCAAAGCUAGAAGAAAUUGAUAUGCUUCAGGAGUUGACUAAACAAAUUGAAGGUCAUACAAUUUGUGCCUUGGGUGAUGCUGCUGCAUGGCCAGUGCAGGGUCUUAUCAGGCAUUUCAGGCCUGAGCUUGAGAGAAGGAUUAGAGAGAAUGCUGAAAGGGAGCUGCUGCAGGCCACUGGUUAG